AUGGCAAAAAUCCCCGGCGAGGUGGGUACCUGCGGGGAUUUACCCGUCGGGGAGCAGGUGUCGAGGCAGUCGAGCUCACCACCGCGGGUCUUCCUCUUCGCAUCGCCGGUCUUCGCUGGUCUUCCUUCCCCUUUUUUCUGCCAGGUUCAGAUUAAACCCAACAGUGUUUAUAAAACAAAUUUUCCAAUUCCCAUAUUAUACUCUUCAAUUCAUUUCUAUGCUUCUCUGCUUAUACACUCUCGGUCACAUUCUAUCAAUGGCGAAAUGUCUUCUUCGGAUGCAUUGAGUAAUACUCUUGAGAAGAGUACUCCAUCGGAGGAACCUAUAGGCACUAAUACUCAAACUACACAAGAGGAUCCUCAAUCUCAACCUCAAGAACCCCCAACGGAUACCGCAACUACUAAUAAAGGAACGACAAACUCUACAAGUGGUGUUCGAAAGAGGAAGUUGACCUCCGAAGUGUGGAAUCAUUUCAAGAUUGUGGAAAUCAAGGAAAAAUUAAAGGCUGAAUGCAAUUAUUGCAAAUCGAAACUACUUGGUGACCCAAAACAAGGCACUUCACACUUGCGUGAUCACUUCAAAAGCUACAAGCUCCGCACCACUAGAGAUAUAAGACAGUGUAUGAUGAAGACAACUCCAACAAUUAGUGGGGAAACAGUUGUGGUUGGUGCAUAUACCUUCGACCAAGAAAAUGCAAGAAAAGAGUUAUCAGUUAUGGUUUGUCUUCACGAGUAUCCGCUAUCUAUUAUGGACCACAUUGGGUUUCGACGAUUUUGCAAUGCUUUGCAACCUCUCUUCAAGGUGAUUACUCACAACACUUUAAAGAGUGACAUCUUGAAGCUCUACAAUGAUGAGAGAUCGAAGACAAUGAAUGUCCUUGGGCCAAGCAACCAAAACAAAGGUUAUAUGGCAAUCACGACUCAUUACAUUGAUGAUUCUUGGAAAUUGCAAAGCCGUCUUGUGAGGUUUAUAUAUGUGCCGGCUCCCAACACGGCUGAGGUACUUUCAGAGGUUCUUGUGGAUUGUUUGAUGGAUUGGAAUCUUGAUAGGAAGGUAUCCACUUUGACUGUUGAUAAUUGUAGUACUAAUGACGUUAUGAUUGAGAAUAUUUUGACUAAAAUGUCACAUAGAAACUUCAUCUUGGGUGGUAAAUUAUUUCACAUGCAAUGUUGUGUGCAUAUAUUAAAUUUGAUUGUCAAGGAUGUGUUACAACUUAUUUCACAUGCUAUUGAAAGGGUGAGGGAUAGUGUUCAUUAUUGGACUGCAACACCUAAAAGAGAAGAAAAAUUUAAGGAAACAUGUGCACAACUUAAAAUACCCUACACAAAAAAUCUUUGUCUUGAUUGUAAAACUAGGUGGAAUUCAACAUUUUUGAUGCUUGAAGUUGCAAUUAUGUAUAGAGAUGUAUUUGAAAGAUUGUCAUUGCGUGAGAGUCAAUAUAAAUCUUUGCCUAGUGAGAAGGAUUGGGAUAUGGCGGAUGAGAUUUUUCAAAGAUUGAGGGUAUUUUUUGAUGUGACUGAAUUAUUUUCUGGAAUAACUUAUCCUACAUCAAAUCUUUAUUUUCCUAAGAUUUGUGUGAUUAAUUUGGCUUUGAUGGAGUGGAAAAAUUGUGGAAAUGAGAUAAUUGAAAUAAUAGCUACUAGUAUGAUAACUAAGUUUGAAAAGUAUUGGGGUGUGAUUAAUACAGUUAUGGCUAUUGGGACUCUUUUGGAUCCUAGGUACAAGAUGUAUUUAUUGAAUUUCUUUUUUAGUAAAAUAUAUGGUGAGACGGAGACAUGUGUUGUAAUUGGUCAAGUGAAAAGGGUAGUGCAAGAUUUAGUUUUAGAAUAUGCAACAAAGGGAAGAGAGAGAGACCAAACUGCUCAAUUAGAUAUGCCGCCGCCACCAUCAAUUCCUUUAAGUUCAAAGGGGAGGAAGUUCAAUCAUGAAGAUUGGCAAGCUGAUUUUGCUGCACAUGUAAGUGAGGAAUCUGCAUUUAUUGAUACAAAGAAUGAGUUGGAUUAUUAUCUUAAAGAGAGACCGGUACCACAAACUGAACAUGAUUUUGAUAUCUUAAAUUGGUGGAAGUCAAAUGGAGCAAAGUUUCCUAUUUUGCAAGCUAUUGCUAGGGAUUUUUUGGCGAUUCCUAUCUCUACCGUUGCCUCUGAAUCUUCAUUUAGUACGGGUGGUCGAUUUGUUACGCCACAUCAUAGUAGGUUGCGUCCGGACAUAUUAGAGGCUCUAAUGUGUAAUCAAGAUUGGUUUUGGAAUGAACUUGGCACCACAACAAACAUAGAAUUUGAGUGCUACACAAUUCAUAACAUUGAAAGAGAUGUUGACGAUUCAAGUAAGUCGGAUUCUACCAUCACUACCAUUACGGGAUGA